CUUCAUUAAAGAAAAGCUCUUCUUGUUUACAACUAAAUUCUAAGGUUAUAAUUCAGGUUGAAAACUCUACCUCUAUGCCUGCAAAAUGGUUUACUUUUAAUUUGGAUAAAUUUUCUAUUUUUCGUAACCAACUUACUGAUCAUAUUUGUAAGUGUACCGAUACUAAUAAUGUUAACAUUAACGAUGAUAUUAAAAUUACUUACAAAGUAAAUGGCCGUGGUCAAGAAAUGGCGUUAGAAGAUGAUGAUGAUUACAAUGCUUUUAUAAGAGAGUUCCAGAAAAUAAAAAAGGCAACCAAAAAUAUAGAUUCGUCGGUAAUUAACAUUGAAGAUUUGGAUUCUGAAGAAGAAAAAGUAAAAACUAAAAGAGCAAAAAAAAGUGAUCGUAUACCAAAAGAGGAAAGGCUAUCAUCUAAUGAA